CCUGAAAAGCCCAAAUGGGGCAGGAGGCCCAAUUUUGCGCUCCAGCAGUGUCAGAUAUUUACGACAAUGGCGCCGCUUCGCUUCGGCUGCCGCCUCUGUUUUAAUUUCAGAACUCCUGCGCGACGGAAUACAGUUUCGCGUGGCAGCUGCUUUAAGAAAGGAAGGGCCUAGGGUUCUACCAAAAAUAAAAGAGGAAGAGCUUUGCCAAUUGCCACUGCUGCGUUCGUCUCUAACUCUGUGACGCAGCGAGGAGAAGAAAAGAAUGGAGGAUCAAGGAAAAAGGAAGAAAGAAAGGCGUGGAGGAAGUGCGAGCAAGGAGCUUUUGCGGCUGGAAAAGGAGGAUUCAGCCACGGCCGGGUCGGCUUUCGAGUCUUCACUUCUCUUCUGCGGGAAGGAUUCGAGCAUUUCUCUACCUAAAACAACUCCUUCCGGUGGGAAGCUUAUGACUGCUCCAAUCCCUGAAAGCCAAGUGCUAGGAAGAGUUAAAGAUCUACUCGAACUCAUAGCAAAACAACCAGAUCCCAAGGAUAGUUCUGAGAACUGUGAUAUUGAAGCACUCACAGGAAAUGAAUCCGAAGUUAUUGAAAUGGAUUUGAUGCUAGGUGUAGCAGAGCUUCACAAUGAGAAAGCUGUGGCUGCUGCUGAAUCUGCCUUGGCUGGAGCCCUACCAUUGAUAACAUUAGAUGGCAGUAGCAGCAGUGAGUCAGACUCAGAAGAUUCAAGUGAUGAUAGUGAUGAUGGAAGUGAUAGGGGCGGGGCUGAUGAUCUGGGUAGUGUGGGAAAUGAUAAUAUCAGCAAAGACACUUCACCAAAUGACGCAUCCAAGCUCGGAAGAGGUGGUUCAACUGAAAUUGUCAACAAAAGGAGGCUAAAGAAGCAGCCUAAAAUUAUUGAGAUGCUUUGAAGCUCAUUCUUAUAGGUAUUGCUUUGCUUUGAAUUCGGCUUUCUUCAUAGUGAUAUCUCAAUAUGAAUCUUUUGUGUCACCUGGUCACGGCACCAUAACUUCUAAAUCAUCUCCCUCCACCAAUCUGCUAGUAACUUUCUGAUCUUCGCCGUACUCUGUUUAUCUGCUAAGUGUAGCAUUUGACAGAUCUAAUGGGACUUGAUCUUCUAUUACUAUUUACUACACAGCUUGAAUUGGAUUAGGCCCAGAAGCUUAUCAUGCAUGCCCUUUCUUCGCUUGUCUUAGCUGUAACAGAUCAUAUUUGUUAUCAUGUUAUCGAGUCCGGAUUAUUGUUGCGUUCAAUCAGUCUAUUUCCUCUAUUGCUUUUCGUUGUAGUCAGUCUAAUUCCUCAAUUGCUUUUCGUUGUAGUUCAAUGCUGGUAGUGGCUUGGGAGAAUGGAUACUGUGGAAGAUGGAAGGAGAAAGCAUGUUGCAAUAUGUCGCAAUUCGCAUGAUGCUUGGCGCAGUUUUAACUAGUUAUGAUCAUUAAAUUUUGGUAAUAGUAGUUACCAAUAUUCAUGUGUAGUCUGUCAUCCCUGUCUUGGCCUCUUUCAAGUUCCAUGGUAUCUGCUGUAAAGUUUAUGCCAACUAAAUAUGGAGCCUAAUGGUAAACAUGUAAAAAUUUCAAGGUUCAGGGAACCGUUCCGGAGGUUAUACUUAUACCGGAAAAGUGAACGGUAGGGUAUUUUGUACUAAAAUCGUGAUUGAACC